AAACUGUGCCAGGCCGCAGUGAACGCCUGCGACAGCAACCCCUGUGCGAACGGAGGGCAGUGUACGGAGCGUCAGGGCGGCAGAGGCAUGUUCUGCAGCUGCCCGCUGGGAUACACCGGCACCUACUGUGAGGCUGUGCUUGAUCUUUGUAAUCCCAACCCCUGCCCCAAGGGGGUGCCAUGCCAGAGCACAGAAGGAGGCUACAAGUGCACCUGUCCUGAGGGUUACUUUGGAAAAGAGUGCCUGAGCCUGAAGGAUCCAUGCCACGACCCCCACUGCCAAGGUGCCGUGUCAGACCCAGGUGGAGGCGGGUUUGGUGUGUAUAUGGUGCUGGUGGGGGUAUUUGCCCUGCUUGUGGCAGGCAGCUGCUCCGUGUGCGCAUUACUGCUGUCCCGUCUGCACCGCCGCCACCGGACCAAAGCGCAGCUACGCACUUCUGCGCCCGAGGACAACGCCAUCAACAACCAGCGGCAGUUCUGCACUCUCAUCCGUAACCUCGACCACAGCGUGGCCCUGCUGCCUGCUGCUCAAACAGUGCCCACCUCAGUGCCCACCGUGCCCAUGCCAGUGCUCUGCAGUGAGGAGAUUGAACUCACACUUCCUCCCUCGCCCGCUCCCUCUCCAGCUCUAAAACCAGCCCACGGGCCCAAGCUGGACAUUUGCAACCGCGAACGGGAAAAACUGAACCGUUUCAACUAUGCAGAGAACCAGGAACUGGAGGUGUAACCGCACUUUGAACGAUGGGAAGGAACCAGGUUUCUUGGGUCGGAGGCUCUGUUAUGGUUGAUGCAUCUCUCAAUCAACCUCCGCUUGUGAACCUUGACCUCGGAGCUCUGUGUUAUAGAGAUCUGAGAGGGGUGAAAUUGGGAAAGGAAUUUUGGGGCUGGAGAGACUGUGCUGACAGACAGGGUUUAAUUUUUUUUUUUUUUUUUUUUUUUACACACUUGCCAAUGGUAGAGAAUAUGUAACAUUCAUAAAAAUUACUUAUCAGUCAUGAUUAUAUAUUUAUUUUAAUUCAGUUCCAUUAUUUUUAUAGCAUUUGUUCAAUUUAACUUUUUUUCAUGAGAUGAAACUGCACUGUUAUGAAAAUGUAAUUAAUAAAAUGUGUUAGGCUGGACCACAAAACCAGUCACAAAUCGCGUGGGUAUAUUUGUAGCAUUAGUCAAUAAUUCCUUAGAUGGGGCAAAAUUAUAGAUUUAUCUUUUAUGCCAAAAAUCAUCAAGAUACUAAGUCCAGAUCAUGCUCUGUGAAGACGUUUUGUACAUUUCCUACUGUGAAUAUAUCAAAAAUUAAUUUUUGAUUAGUAAUAUGCAUUGCUAAGAACUUCAUUUGGACAACUCUAAAGAUAUUUUCUUAAUAUUUAGAUUUUUUUGCACCCUCAGAUUCUAUAUUUUCAGCCAAAUAUUAUCCUAACAAACCAAACAUCAAUGACAUGCAUUUCUAAAUCUCAAUUCCAACAAAUGUACCCCUAUUACUGGUUUUGUGCUUCAGGGUAGGGCUGGGCGAUAUAUAUAAACAAAGACUUAUGCACGCUCUCGGCCUAUAUUAUGAAAAUAUUUUAACAGACUAUUGCAAUUUGGAAUUUCACUAUGUUUCUCCGUUCAGUCAACAGCGGUUGAGUGCAUUUAUUCACAAUCGCAAACAAAACAAGUCUGUGUUCUGUCAUGAGAUCUCGACUGUAAAGUAACCUUUAUUUUUUUGACCGCUAAACUCCAGCUUGUGUUGCCAGAUUGGAAAAUAUCCAAGUAUCGAACAAGCUAACAACAUUUUAAAACAACCUGGAAAUGAGCACAAUAGAGAAAUAAAUUGGCGUACCUGAGUGGCAUGGUCCAAACUCCACCUCCGAGUCGCACUUAUCAGAAUCCUGUGUGUUUCCAGAUGUUGAGGGGGGUCCGUUUGCGGUACAAAUUCGAUGCUGUCAUGGAGCUUAAAGCAGCACUGUAACCAAAAGUUACAUAGUGCUGCUUCAAAAGCAGGGCAUGGUAGAUGUAGAAUCCACAGCUAGAUGAGUUCAUUUAGAAGCUCUACUUGAAGUUUCAUAAAAUACUGAAUUAUUGUACAUUAUGGGAUUUUUUUUUCAUGACCGUACAAUCAUUUAGACCUCUAUAUGAUGUACAUAUACGAUAAUUAUCGUACAUCUCGCAAAACCGUUUGUAGGUGAUUUCAGAUUACCGCGGUGGCACUUCCGCAAUGAGGAGCAGGCACGUGCACGUGGUUGCCAGAUUGCUGACUGGGUGGUUUAAAGUGAGCGCUACCUCACGCCUCAUGGAUGUAAUAUCGGACAUUCGGCAGGUUAUUUCGGGAAAGGAGGAUUGAAAAUUUUACAUCGUCCUCAAAAUUAUUGCGACAUUAUCGCUAAUAUUAGAUACAUUGCCCAGCCCUUGUUCAGGGUCACAUAUGGCAUCCAAAAAUUAUGGUCGUUCUUGAUUUCUCAAGUCAUCAUUUAAUAAGUAAGUUUAAUUUUAAAUCGCUAUAAUAAUUGACAUCACUAUGGAUGAGAUUAUUAAAUGUACAAUUGAAUUGAAAACAUUUACUUUAUGCCCAAUCCAUCUUACGCACAUUUUGCACUUGGCGAGUGGUAAUUUUGGACCCUGUCUGGUUCUAAAAAAAUGUAUUUGAAAGAACGGCAAGUGUUUUUAAGGCCAGCAAUUCCUGGAUAUUUAAGUGUAUUUUAUUGUGUUUACACUUGUGCCCUAUAUAUUUGUACACAUUUUGUUUGUGCGUGUGUGUGUGUUUGUGAGCGUGUAAGUCCAUAUGACUGUUUGCCAUAAAUUUCCACAAAGCCAUGCACAUUACUGGAACUCCCUGACUUUUUUUUUUACUUGCGUAAAAGCAGUAUAUUAGUGUCUGUGACUGACGUUUGAAGGAAUUAUGGCGAAAGAUAGCAGUGUCAACUGAAAAAGUGCCAGGCGACAUCUUUAAAAAUCUCGUUAAUUAUUGCCUGUCAUUUAAGAUGUACAAGAUGUAUGAUUUUUUUAUAAUACUUGGAUGUAUAUAGCGCCGUUGUACAUACUUUGUACAUAUUUUUUUGCCAUUUUUGUAUUCUUACUCCUUGCAAGAUAUUGCCAUUUUAAUUUCCCCGGUUUCACUAUUUCCACUCGAGACGGUAUUUGCCACAAGAUGGAUUUGUAAUUAAAGUGCAUUUAUCAACCAAAGCAUGUGUUUCUGUGCACGUAUGCAUUAAUGGUAUUGUACAGCAUUUGGUAUAUCAGGGGGGGUGUGUGUGUGUGUGUGUGUGUGUGUUUGGUAAUCUUGUUCUGUAUUACAGACACUUUCUUAUUGUCUAAUUGCCAUUUGGUAAACCGUGUGAAGUCAAUAAAAAAAACAUUUGGUCACAGAGAAUCCAGCUCUUAACAGCAGUU